UGCAGUUCCGUUAUUACUGUGGACUCAGGCAGUGAUGAAGAUCUUGACUGCUUUAUAACUGGAGUGAAAGUGAAGAAGGAGAACAUCAGGUGGGUAGGAGAAUUGGUGAAAGUUGACUUCUUUAAAGGAAUAAUGUUUGGGUAAGAUGAUUUCAGAAUAAACAUCACAUUUUCUCUCUGAAUCCUAUGUUCAGGGUUAUAAUGGGUGUUGGAACCCUCACAACUGGGUUCAAGAUACUAGACCCACUAAUUGGUCAUUUUCUUUCUUUAUAAUGUCUCUUUGAACCAUCCCUUAACUUCUAGUCUCCACUACUAAAGACUAAGGCCUUUAAUCAGUUUUUACCCUUGUAUUCAUGCAAGAGCUUCUUAAGUGGGCUCCUUACCCUGAUUUAUUCCUCCUCUGAUCCAGUCUGUAUUCCACUUCCAGAUUAAUCUCCUGAGACACUGCUUUGAUCAUAUUAAUUUUCUAUUCAAAUUGUCUAUCUAAGGGAAAUCAAUUAGGUAAGCCUAGGAGUUAAAGUCCUAUGUGAAUUGGCCAUAAUCUGUCAGCAUUAUCUACUACUUUUCCUAUUUAGGAGUCCUCUGCUACACUUAAGGGAUGUUGCCCAGGUGCCAAACUGUAGGAGGUGCUAAAUUUACUGGAAUGAAUCUGAAAUAACUGGUUUCCAUAUCAGCUCCUUGAAUCCUGUAGGAAUGUGAAUUGGUCAUUUCUGUUUCCCACACUAAGACGAAAUAAUGCUGUCAAGUGGGAAAAUGUUUUUCUGGCUAGUUCUGAUUUAUCUCUGUUGAUUAUUUUUGCAGCAUGCAAGCCACCAAGCCUGACACCAAUGUGUGAAGUCAGCAGUUGCAAUCAGCUGAAAUUCUAGAACUGAAUAAUGCAUUGUAUAAAGCUAUCUAUUGGAAAUGAUCGGUUUUGUUAUUUAUAUUUUUGAAGUUAGGUCUAUUGAGGUAUGGUUUACAUACAGAAAAACUCACCCUUUUUAGGUAUACAGUUUGAUGAGUUUUGACAAACGUAUAUGGUAUGUAUAUGGACUAGGUACGGUAACCAUCACCACAAAGAUGCAGAAUUUCCAUCAUUGCCAUUUACAUUUUAAAUGAUAGAUGUUGAACAAAUAUGUAAAGAAAAUCCAUUUCGAGGUGUCUUCCUGGAGUGCCCACAGAUCUUGGUCCAGUUCCGGGGCCUUCUAUCUGUGGGAUACUGUCGGAAGGGUGGAUUUGGGGAAGAAGGUGAUGUGUUCAGUUUUGGGUAUGCUGAGAUUGAGGGGCCUACAGGCGGGGCUGAUAUUAAAAACAUUUAACAACCAAGAGAUACAGACAGGGAUUAGUCAGGAUGGCUGCCUGACUGGUUCAAACAGACACCACCAGUAAACAGUUGGUGAGGCUGUACCUGUGUAGACUGACUAAAAAUUAACCCUAUGCAUAGGACAUCCAGGUAGGAGAUUGGCACUAUGGAGCCAGAAGUCAGAAGCAAAGUUGGGCUGGUGGAUAGAUAAUAUUUACCCAAUCCUUAGGAAUUGAUUGGCUUGGCAUGAAAGGGAUGUGGAUAAAAACCUGGGGACGAACAAGGAAGGGAAAUGAGUGAGAAGGAGUGGGCAAACAGGUGAGAAGAGAACCAAAAUCAAAUAGUGUCCCAGGAAUCAAGAAAAGAAUUUUUAGGAUGGAAUGAAUGGUCAAUAAGAGAGCAAAGUUCUGUAAACUUGGCAGAUUAAAAGUGGUGAAUAUGAAGGAAAUGGAUGAAUAGAUUUGUGUCUGUAACAGGGGCAGACAAGUUCUCUAGCAGCGUUUUAAGUAGUUUUCUCUCUCAUCAUAAAGGUAUAUCACACUUACACACUGUGUAGGAAAUAAAGGUGGUGCAUUUCAGCCUUCUGGAACAUCUGACCCAAAUACCUGGGACAGCUGAGAAUGACAGUCCCAGAGGUGUACCGACAACACCCGCAUCCUGGGUGUCACAGGGAUAUUGCUCACUUAAGUGGUGCUGGCUUUGGGCUGCAAAGAGAAGCACCCAGAAGAAACCUCCCCGCCAAGGCUGCCUCUCUGCAUCUGUGGUAGGGGGAUCUCAACGUGGAUAAAGAGAAAUGGCAAUUAACUAGACUUUUCCUUAAUCAUUUCCCCCUUACACCAAAACCAUUUUAACACAUACCCUCUGACAGCUCACUUCAACUCUCAAUACUAGACAGAUUCCUCCCUUUGAAAGGAUUCAGACUGAUGGAAAGGUUUGGUAGGAAGGUAGGAAAGAUGGAAAAUCAAGAACAAUGAUUGAGUAGUCCAGAGAAGGGGAACAGUUAAUUUGGGAAACCAACAAAAUCAUUUCAAAGUGAUUUUGCUCGCUGGAGAAAAGUAUAAUAGAAAAUGUCAUGAAAAGAAGAAUGUUGCUUUCAUGCUUUUGUUUUUCUCUGUCCGGUCACUCAGCUACGUGGUGAUUGACUCAGGCUCUGAUGAUGACUGCCUCCCCGAGAAAAAGAGACCUAAGAUACAUGACAAAAGUAGCAAAGAUGAGAGUAAGAAACUGUCUGACACUAAUAAGCAGCUGACCAAUGAGUCUCCAAUACUUAUCACUGAUGAUGAUGAUGAUGAUGAUUUGGAGAACCCUGUGAUGAAAGAUGAUUCGUGUGAUCAGGACAAAAUUGUCGAAAAAGAGGAAAAAGAUGAUGAGUUUACUGUUAUCCAGCACAAGUUAUCUUCUGUAGCUGGUAAGCAGAAUCUUCUGAAGAAUCGCCGCCAGCUGCCAACUGAUGAUCGUAAAGCUAAACCAGAGAUUUUAGAAAGAAAGUUGUCAACUAAUGGAAAGCCUAUACCUGUGGUGGAACAACCAAGGAAAAGGAAAUAUAAAACCAAAAACAUAACUGUGCCACCUGCUGUUAAAGAAGGAAAGAAGCGUAAGCCUUCAAAGAAGAAAUCCAAGACAGUGAAAUUUGAAAAAUCCAAGCGUGGGAAUUCUCAGUGCAAAAUACCUGGAUGUUUCUUUCAUGGCCUUGAAAACUUAAAGCAGUAUUCUGGAAAGAACUACAAACAAAAUAAGGAUGAACUGAUUCAGAAAAUCUACAGUCUGCUUAACAGCUCUGUCUUUGAUCAAAAGAUGCCGGAGAAAAUUGAGAUUGGCUGGAGUAAAAAGAUGCUGAGAAGUGCUGGCUUAUGCACCACUGGCAAGCUUCGAUACCCUAAGAGACAGCGUUAUGCUAAGAUUCAGAUUUCUCUGAAAGUCUGCGACUCUGCAGACCGACUCCGAGACACUUUGAUCCAUGAGGUAUGCCAUGCAGCCUCCUGGCUGCUCGAUGGCAUCCGUGAUUCUCAUGGUGACAUGUGGAGGUAUUAUGCCCGAAAAUCGAAUAUGGUGCACCCGGAGUUGCCCAAGGUCACCCGUUGCCAUAACUACAAGAUUAACUACAAGAUUUAUUACGAGUGUACUCAGUGCAAAUCCAGGGUCGGGCGCUACAGCAGAUCAUUGGAUACCACCCGCUUCAUCUGUGCCAAGUGCAAAGGCUCUCUGGUCUUGUUGCCACUAACUCGGAAGGAUGGAACCCCCAUUCAGCCCCAUGUGAGGCCAUUUGCCAAAUAUGUACAGGAGAAUUACAGAAAAGUCAAGAAGGAGACAGAAGGGAUAAGUCAUGGGGAUGUGAUGAGAAAGCUCAGCAAGGAUUUUAUUGCCAAAAAACAAAGUCAGGGUCUUUGAGGUUAUCUGAGAAUGUAUCUGUGUGAGAUGAGUCUUCUUUGGCUUCAUCUGUUAGUAAGGAGUUUUAGAAAGAUAUAUUUGAUGCUAUGAAGCUAUGAAUAUUAGAAUUUAAAUUCUUUGAAAAAAGCUUCCUGUUGUUAAUGAUGAUUGUCCUUCACCAAGGGUUCUGUUGCUAACCAUUUUGUGCUAAUACUCAAAAGCCCUUUGGAUCUACCUUGGGUCUUACUUAUGUACUAUUCUUAACAUGUAGAGCAAAAGGCAAACUUGUAGAACAAAAUGCAAAACAUGUAGAACAAAAUGCAAAACAUGGAGAACAAAAUGUGAACAUGUAGAACAAAAUGCAAAAGAGAAAUGAGUUUGAGAGUGGCAGGUUGAGAGAAGGAGAAAGAUGCUGCAAAGAGAACAUGUUUUAAAGGCAGUACUUCAAAACCAAGGCUUCUGUCUGAUGGAACCUGUUACACCUACAUAGAAAUAAGAGAAAUGUGCUUCACGAAUUGAGUUGCUUUUGAUAUUGUAUGAAGUCAUCUGAGCCAAUGUGUUUGUUUAUAAAAUAAAAAAGAAGCCACAUAAGCAAUGUGAUUGUUCAUAGAAUAAAAAUAAAGUGUUUUCUGCAGUUCACUUGUUGGCAGAGUCUGUUCAUUGACAACCCAUGUCCAGAGCAGACCAAACCCUUGGGUCUUUUGUCCAAGACCCCUGAUUUCAUAAGCUUUCGAGGAUGUGUCUGGAAGAACAGCCUCCACUUGGGGUUUCUCUUGGAUUUUUGUGACUUCCCCUAAGCACUUAAACAACCUCCCCACUUUGGGGAGGUGUCUAGAAUAUAGACUGGAAUCAAUGUUUUACUUGUUUGUUAUUUCUGCCAAAACAUUACCAAGAGGUUAGUG